AUGCUCGAGGCAUGGCGUGAUUGCACAACUGAGACACUCUAUAAGGGCUACGCAAAUUGGAAGACAGGGUGGAGCCACGAACAGCGCGCAUCCUUCGAGUACGUUCGCGAUGACUCCAACAAGACACCAGAAACAAUCGACGGCAUACUGUGUGAUGUUGCAAUGAGCUUUCCUGGUUUCCAUAAAUUCGUGUUGAAUCACUCAACCUGGAACGAAGACAUCUCUGACUGCAACGGUAACAUGAUCCGGUAUUACGCAAAUAGAAGGGCACAUGCUAGGGAAGCCGGUGGGGCCAGUGCAAUACAAGUCUUGAGCACAGUAUUGCAGCAGCAGCUCUUGGGUCACAAGCGCAUGCUCUGGUAUAGCGAACCCUGGCUUAACGCUCCGCCGUCUAAGAUUUUGCAGUCAGCUGUAGAAGAGGGUGAAAAGGAGGAGCCUCCAAGAUUGAGUGGCCUCCUCGUGGAAGAAUUAUGA